UAUUUUUCCCUUCAGUCUGAAUUCAUAUUUUUCGGAAACAGAAUAGGAAAUAUAUUCAAUUUCUUGAAAAUGUGGAAAAUUGUUUUACAUUUGGGAUCGCUUAUUUGUUCUAUGAACGCUUUAGACACAGUUUCCAUAACAGAUGCAACCAAAUGUUUUUUCAAUAAUAAUGGAACAUUAAUGACAAAGGCAAUAGGAGAAAUUUGGACGCAUUUGGGAGAUUCAGGAGAUAUAUGCGUGAAACAUGUUUGUGACAUGGAUAUUAAUGGAAUUGCUGUUGAAUCUAUUUUCCAUGAAUACUGCAAUCAUCAAUGUGAACAAGGCUUCCGCAUGGUUCACUUAAAAGGAGAAUGUUGUGGAGAAUGUGUACCGAAACGUUGUUCUUACAAAAAUCAAACCUACAAUAUUGGAGACAUUUGGAAAAGUAAUGACAGUUGCCUUUUUUAUGAGUGUGUCGAUGAUGAUGUUGGAACAAGAAUAAUUACAUUUAAAAAAUCUUGUCCUACUUUAAAGGAUUGUCCAACAAAAAAAGUCGUAUUCGAAGACUGUUGUCCAUUCUGCCUCAGGACUAAAUCUCAUGACUACGAAAAUGAUUCAGACGUAUUUAACAUUUUAGAUUUAAGUGAAAAAGAUCAUCAUAUGUCACGAGAUACCUAUUUAAAACAUCCAUGCCGAAGAGAAUGUGUUAAAAAUGCAGCACCGGAAAUUUGCAAUUACAAAUUCAUAGUUGAGUGGUAUGUGACGUUGAGCAAAGCUUGUUGGAAUUGUCCAUACAAUAAUACUGAUUGUUUUCGUCCGCAUUGCGUGUCAGCAGAUGGGUUUCGUCGUUCCAUCUUGGUUGUAAAUCGUAUGAUGCCAGGCCCAUUGAUUGACGUGUGUAAAGGUGAUACGAUUGUAGUGGAUGUUGAAAAUGAGUUGAUGGGUGAAUCAACGACCAUACAUUGGCAUGGAUUACAUCAGCGUGGUACUCCCUUUUUCGAUGGUGUACCACAAGUCACACAAUGUCCGAUUUUGCCACAAGCCACAUUUCGAUAUAAAUUCAAAGCAUUAAAUACGGGAACACACUGGUGGCAUUCUCAUGUCGGAACCCAACGUGGUGACGGAACUUUUGGAGCGCUAAUAAUUAGGGAACCUAUAGUUGAUUUACCAAAUAUUAUCAGAAAAGUAUUUGAUGAAAAUACGGAUGAGUUUCAUAUGAUUUUUCACGAUUGGGAUCACCGCGAAACAGUUCCUACUUUUAAUAUAUUUCAUCAUUCUAUGGGAGAUAAUAAACCACAAAAUAUUUUAAUUAAUGGGCAUGGCAGAUAUUCUGAACCAAAUUCAGAGCGAAAUAAGAUUGAUGAAAAUUCUCAGUCGGAUUUGAUGACAAAAGCGACCACAAUUGCACCAUAUGAAACAUUUAAUGUACAUGAAGGACUGAAAUAUCGUUUUCGUGUAAUCAAUGCUGGCUUUCUUAAUUGUCCUUUGGAACUUUCUGUUGAUAACCAUACAAUUUUAGUAAUAGGUUCUGACGGCCACUACAUUGAACCUGUUUGGGUCGAUUCAUUAGUUUCUUACGCCGGAGAAAGAUUCGAUUUUAUUUUAUAUAGCGACCAACCAAUUGGAAACUAUUGGAUUCGAGCUAAAGGACUGAUUGAUUGCGAUGAAAGAUUCACUAAAGCACAUCAAGGUGCCAUUCUUCACUACCAUGGAGCUGAAAAUAAAAUUCCAGAUGAAUUAUUGUCUUACAAUUAUAAGAGAACUGGUUUUCAAAUGAAUAGCUUAAACAGAGGUCCCGAUCAUCUUGAUUCAGUUGCAAUCGUUGAAACUACUUCGCUUGAACCAGAUACGCCAGAAUUAUUAUCUGAAAAAACAGAUUUUAAAUUUUAUGUUUACUAUGAUUUUUAUGAAAAGAACUUCCCACAAUUCAACCAUCCAGAAUUGUACAGUAUAAAGACGUCUUUAUUUGGAAAAAAUAAGUUUUUUGGCUCCCAAUUAAAUCGGAUCUCAAUGAAGUUGCCAUCAACACCACUUUUAAUUGGUCGUCAAUGGAAUGAUGAAAGUAAAUUUUGUAAUGAAUCCUCACUAGCUGAACAUAAUAUAAAUUGUGUAAAGGAUUUUUGUGGUUGCCUCCAUGUUUUACAAGUCCCACUGAAUAGCACCGUUGAAGUAAUACUGAUUGACGAAGGUUAUAAAUUUGAUGCAAAUCAUCCAUUUCAUCUGCACGGUCAUGAUUUUCGAGUAGUGGCAAUGGAAAGAGUUAAAUCAUCAGGAAUUUCAUUGGAAGAGGUCAAAAUGCUGGACAAAACAAAUAAAAUAAAACGAAGAUUGAAAGGCGCACCUAAAAAAGAUACAAUAACUGUUCCCGAUGGUGGUUACACCGUAAUUCGCUUUUUGGCAGAUAAUCCAGGAUUUUGGUUGUUUCAUUGUCACAUUGAUUUUCACGUUGAAGUUGGAAUGUCACUUAUAUUCAAGAUUGGCGACUACAACCAAAUGCAAUCAAUCCCUCGUGAUUUUCCAGUUUGCUCAAAUUAUGAUCAAUUAAAGAACCUGUCAAGUGAAAUGAUAGAUUCCAAUGAUGCUCCACACCAUAUGUUAAGUACAUAUUGUUGGAUUAUUUCAAUAAUAUAUAUUUCAAAUAUAUUCUCUUGAAAAAUUAAUUGAUUAUUCUACUGAUUGUAAAUACAUUGUCAAUACAAUGUAUCAUCGUUUGCAAAAAUAUCUUACUACUAUAAAAAACCAUAUUUGUAUUUAUAUUGUGCAUUUAUGUUGCUCUUCGUAAUGUAAAUGAAUAUUUGGCUUUUGUUUACUUAACUCUCAUUGGCUAGUCUUUAAAAAGAAUCGCGCAGAGUAAUCUAUAUGACAACAAAUUGAGCGUUACUCUUUACUCUUGAGUGCAUCACAGAUUCAACGAUCCAUUCGACCUAUGCGUGUGAAAGAAUGCGGAAAUGCGUUGACGAAACAACAAACUAAAACAAAUGCGGAUUGUAUUUUUCCGAUCGUACGCUUUAUUUUUUGUCUCGUUUUGAUUCACAGUGACAAACAUCCUAAGAAUAUGUGUUUUUUCUCUGUUUUGUGCAAAGCAUUUUACGUUUCGUGAGUGUUGUGAUAUAUGUUUCCUCCGUGUUGAAUCACAUAGCGAUAGCGAUUAGCCAACGAAUUAUACAAAUUAUCAAACACAUCUGUAAAUUGAAAGUGAAAUAUUGACAUUUUUUAAUAUUUUCCCUAUUUAUAACUUAAUUAAAAUAUACCUAGCCGUUGCCUCAAAUUUUCCCAUCGAUUGCGAACAUAUGUGUCCAUCGCAUCAUGUGUUCUUUGAAUCAAAGGCGGCCGAUCUUUUUCCAUUAGUGCCCAAAUAUCUUCAAUUAAAUUGAGAUCCGGGCUUUUUGGUGGAUGAUUGAGUAAAGGCACAUGUUUCGACUGUAAAUAUUCUCUUACUUUUCGAGCGGUAUGAAUCGGUGAAUUGUCAUGCAUGAAGAUAAUGUUUUCGAUGUCACCAAAUUGAGCUUUAAUAGAAGCAAUUUGUUGUCAUAUAGAUUACUCUGCGCGAUUGUUUACAAAAACUAGCCAAUGAGAGUUAAGUAAACAAAAGCCAAAUAUCCAUUUACAUUACAAAUAUGGUUUUUUAUAGUAGUUAGAUAUUUUUGCAAACGAUGAUACAGUGUACAAUGUACAUUGUAAAUGGUUAUUGAAAUGACCACAAAAUUUUCAAGAAUUUACCACUCAGAAAUAUGUUUGACCUAGUCGGAUUUUAGGUUUUGUUUGUUAUUACAUGUAUAGUGUUUAGGUAUCGAUUGUUAAACAAUUUUCAAAAAUAAAGAAAAU